ACAGAUGCAGUCCUCACCAUUAGACUCUUAACACCUAAAUAUGUGAAACACACGUACAACACAUAGGCACAAGGAGGAAGUUCAGUUAAAAUGUUUCCUAAAAAUGUUGUCUACAAAUGACCGCUUCCUGGUUGAGCCCCCCACGAGCUGCAGAUAUUCUACCCGGCAACACCGUACGCCGUCGUGUCUGACUGGCCGGUUGAAGCUCGACUGGUUGAAGGUUUCCAGUUUCCAGGCGUUUUGAGGCAUUGAGAGAUGUUUCUUCUUGUGAUGGCGCUGAUCGGCUUCACCGGAGCGGUUUGUUCUUCUGCAGCAACGCUCCACCAUGACUUCCACUACGUCUACGGGUGCUACGAAUCCGGCGAGGUGCGGGUGGACAUCCUCGCUGACGAGGACGUGCUCGCCUAUGUUGACUUCAACAAGAAAGAGUUGGUGUUUUGGAUUCCUCAGCUGCCGCAGUCCGUGAAAGACUUAAAGGAACGGGCUUUUAAAAUUGCCAAAUCUAGCAUCACUAACUGUCUGAGUGUGAUGGGCAAAGCCAAGAAAGCUUCUCCUGGUGUACCCAUACGGGAAGACGCUCCAGACAUCUCCAUCUACAGCCGGUACGAGGCCGACCCCGGCGUGGCGAACACCCUCUUCUGUUUGGCCGACGGCUUCUACCCGCCCUCCAUCAACUUCACGUGGACCAAGAACGGGGCGGAGGUCCCGGACGGGGCGGAGGACCUGCGUUACGGCCACAACAGUGACGGGACGUUCCGCAGAAUGUCGGCGCUGAGCUUCACCCCCCGCAAGGGGGACGUUUACUCGUGUUCGGUGCAGCAUCGGGCUUUGAAACGGACGAUGGCCAGGAGCUGGGCGCUGAAGGCCAGGCCAGGAGUGAGUCCAGCAGCGGGGUUCUUCGGCGUGAGCCUCGUGUUGUGCCUCUUGGGGAUCGGGUCCGGAGCCUACUUCUGCACCAAGCAGCCACAUUAGGGAUUCUACUGAGAGCAGCUCGACGUAGAGGCCAGAACCAGAACCAGAACCAGGACCACACGUGCUGUCAGACCCUGCGGUUUUCUAAAGGGACUCUGGUCUUCGGAAACACUACCACCUUUGUCCACAGGGACCGCCAAAGCCAACUACACCUUAGAGGCGACUCAACACAUAAUGAACACAUAUUUAUCGUGACCAAUGGACGUAUUAUCAAGGACUCACAGAUGUGGAUGUACAUUGCGACUUGAGUAUAAUCUCAUUUGUAUUGGUUGGUGUUUAAUAAAGAGAUCAUGGUGGGA